CUUUGCUCUAUCAAAUCUUAAAGUUGUUUCCUUUCACCAUUCUUCGGUGACAAAGGACCCCCAACUUUGGAAUCAUAUCUAUGCCGGCGGACACAUCGAAGAAUUUUCUAAAUGCCUCCCGUCGCACGUCUCGCAAAGUAGCGAAUGAGGAGGAAACAGAACUCAAGCGCGCUCGUGGUGAAAUCUCGUGCGCAGAGUGCAGAAGAUUGAAACUGAAAUGCGAUAAGAAAGUGCCAUGUGGAUCUUGCGUUCGUCGAGGCUGCCCAACCAUCUGUCCAAAUGGUAGUCUUUCUACUGGGCAGGGUACUCGUUUCGUCCUUGCAGAUACAGAACACCUACAUCGCACGAUUGUGGAGAUGGGCCAGCGAAUUCGACAACUAGAGGACGCACUAUCCAUUUUUCAAGCCGGUGUGUCUGAGGAGGUCCAUCCACUUCUCAUAGAAGAUCUACUUUCCAUAAAAUUUGGACCAGAAGCUCUGAAGUCUAGCAAUGAUGCUUCAGAUAAAGGCAGUAAUGUUCCCAUAAAUUCAUCCGGUACUUUGACGAUCAGCGAUGGAGGAGAGUCGAAUUACUUUGGGCUUUCUGCAGGUUCAGAGGCUGGCGCUGAACUAGAUGGUACUUCAUUCUCACAACCAGACGAGCUUCCAAGCAUGUCUGCGGACGUAUCUCGAUUGGAGUCAAAUCUCCCCUUCAGUUUGACUGGUAUUCCUGACCAUGAUCAAUGUCAAAGUAUCCUGGGAUCAUUGUUAAGCCUUUUACCACCGUACCCGCGGGCUAGUGCACUCUGCGAGACAUAUAUGGAGCACGCUGCCUGGAUAUUUCGACCAAUCAAACGAGAAGAGCUUAUUGAUGAUAUUCUGUCACCUGUUUACGCUCUUGCUCAGAAGAGACGAAGUAACACAUCUGAAUCUGAGGCAGAAUGCCCUGAACACACUAUUGCCGUGCUCUAUAUGGUCUUUGCCCAGGGCGCUCUCAUGGACUUGACGUUGCCAUCAUGUAAUCAGGAAGCAGAGGACUACUUCCAUCUUGGCCGUGUGGCAUUAUCACUCCGUUCUGUCUUCGAAUCACCAGCUAUUCACACUGUCCAAGCUCUGGCUCUGAUGGGAUACUAUUACAGCAACAGAGGCAAGCAAUACGCGUUAAGCAGCGCGUGGUCUAUCAUUUCGCUUGCCAGCAAGUUAGCUCAGAGCGUAUACCGGGACCCUUCUCGAUUUAAUAUGAGCCCGAAGGCUGUUCAGCGUCGACGUACUCUAUUUUGGGAAAUCUUUUCUGCGGAUCUCUUUCAUAGUCUCGCUCUGGGUCGUCCUCCGUCGAACAGGUUAUCGUAUGUUGACUGUGAGUUUCCUGAAGACGAGACGACAACCAUGAACGACCAAGGAGAGGUCGAGAUUGGGUUUUGGCGAUGGAAGUAUACAUUCGCAAGAGACGUAAUCUCACAGAUCAUAGAAUUAACGCUGAGCGCAGAACUUCCAAGUUACGAUACUAUCUUAGAACUUGACAGAAAAGUUCGCGAGCAAGUUGUCCGAGACGAUUACACCACUCCAUCAGCUUAUAUUCGUGGCCGCAUGCUUUUCCAGUUUAGAACAACGACGAUGUUGUUCAUCCAUCGUAGUUUUUUUGCACAAGCUUUGCUCGAUUUCCCCACAAAUCCUCUCCGCAGUCCCUACGCUCCGUCAUUCCUCGCUGCAUAUCGUUGUGCGUCGGCAAUGAUAAAGACUACUGUCCUUAACUUCCAAGUGUUCCCGGACCUCUUCAUGCGUUGGUGGCCUAUCUGGAGUCAUCUGUUGUCUGCAGCUGUAAUUGUUGGAUCCAUUGUUACUCGAGCACCAUCGACGACUAUGGCGCCUGCUGCAUGGCAGGAGUUAAACCUUGCAACGGAAAUGUUUUUACGGGGAUCAGAGACAUCAAGUCGCGCUCGUCAUGGUUUGGCUAUCUUAGAUAAACUCAAGCUAAAAGCCUAUCAAGCGCUUGAAAAAUAUCGCAGUGGAGCGACAUUCAACAACCAGGGCAGUCUAUCCUCCCCCCUCCUGGAGGUGGGCGGUGAUGACGAACUUACCAUGUUUGGUGGACAGACUCGUGUCCUUGUCACCAAGAUUCUUUCGCGGCAGAACCGCAAGAAAGUAUCAUCGUCUAUUCCUCUAUCAGCUGUGGAUUCAUUACAAUCGCAAUCCACUGCAAGUACCCCCUCGGCAUCUGACGACGGCAAUUCUUCAGAUUCCAUCCCUGAGGUCCAUCCCAUGCUUGUGGAGUUUCUGAAAAUGCUUCCUCCCCCAUCGAUGCCAGAUCCCACACUAGGCACAGAAGAUGCAUCUGCAACCUUCCAAAGUCAGUGGGGUGCAUUUUCUCUAUCUCGUCCACUCGGAUUCGUGACACCAGACCCCGCGCCCGCGAUAUAUCCCUCCACCAUCCCCCAGACUUCCAAGUCGGUCUCAUCUUUUCAAAACCUCCUCCCACAAUCCAAUUUGUUUGAUCCGACCAGCAUCAGAGCUGACGAUGCUCUUGCCGACCUUUUCCUUUCGGGAGAGUCCGGUAUGGAUGAACGAUGGAAAUCGUUCAUGCGGGAUUCUGGGAUUUGGGAUGGGUCCCAAAGUUAUGACCUCAUGACAGAUAUCUAGGAAUUUCCUUCUUCCUCGUUGAUUCAGUUCUUAAGUUAUUUACAUUUUUGAAACCUCGUAUUAUCCAGGCGACUCCGGCUCUCUACUCAAUGGUUGUCAUUUAGGUCCACCCGUGUAGUAAUUCUUAGUCUAUAAACCAAAG